GUCGCUUUCAAUGGUCAAAUGUUGUUUCUUAGAAAACCAUCACCACCGCCGUUGCCAUUGUCCAAACCUUAAUCCCUUCAGGCGUGGGCAUUUUGAUUUAAGCCAAAUUAAACCUCUCAACCACCUCAUAUGCACGCACCUACUACAUAUGUACCUACAUGUACACAGGUGUAGUAGCGUUCAUAUAUGUACCGUAUAUGUACCGAUUAUGUACCUGUCAAUCACUAAAUCACUGAUUCACUAGGUACAUAAUAAUCUCAUUGUUGUCAUUCAAUACUUACCCUUCACCACUCACCAACAAUGACCAACGAUGCUCAUCAAUGCGCUUUAUUGGAAAUAAUAAAGGGCCCUCCCCUACAAUCUGUCAUACUCAUUGUUCCCAACGUACUUCAAAAGCACCCAAGACCUUUCCCCUCCUCGACUAAAAGUUGUUAUCGUCCAUUUUACCAUUCUAACUGACAACGGUACCAUUGCCUUAUCCAUGGUGUACCAAAAGCAUAAUGGAUAUACCUGGUUAUUACUCUCGGGUAGUGAUUCGAGAGACAACAUCGGCGUGGGUGCUUAGACCUAAUCGCAUUGAUUUGAACGACCCGCAAACUGUUGGCCUCCAUGAUCCUCUCAGACCGGAGCCGAGAGCGAUCCAUGAAGAGCUCGUCGACCCGGCUCCGCCGACAAGAUUGCCCAAUUUUUGGCACCUUCCAUACGAACUGCGCCAAGAAAUAUGGGAAAUGCUUCUGCCGCCGCCACGGAUCAUCUGCUUGAUGUCACCACAAAUGUACGAAAAAUACAGCCACAUUUACAAGUCGGUGCAUAUUCCGGCCUUCUAUCCAGCCUGCGAAGAAUCCAAGGAGAUUGUACAAAGAUGGGGUGUCGGUUUGAGGUUUGUUAGUUACAAGGGCAUGCCAAUUCAUUGCGAAUGGUUCAACCGCCGACGCGAUAUACUAUACCUGCCGAGCAUCAUGAGUUUCGGCUGUUUCGAUGGUUGGGGUAGCUGCCUGGACAACAGCACUAUCAUCCUGAACGUUUUGGAGGUAUUGGAAGAUCGAUAUCGAGGUGACCAGCUGAGCAAACAUUUCACGCAAGUCGUGGACCAGGGCCGAUUCGACAAGGUGAAGGCCUUCCGGCUCUCCAUGUUGAAAGUCCAAUGGGGCGGCGACCAAUGGGGUGAAGAGCUUGAUAUAUAUGGUGAGGACACCAUGGCCGUAUUGGACUUGGACGACCCUCGACUUCCCACACUGCUCCGGCCCGUCUUCCAGAACAUGAGAUUUCUCCUUGGCUCUCAAAAUAAGCAGCAGCAGGUCCACAAGCGCCCUUCAUGUCUACUCAGACAUCUUCGCCGCGAGUGGGAAGCCGAAUUGAAGUUCUUGUUCGAGGAGCAGUGGCUCCAAAGCUACUUACAAAAGAUGGACAAAUUGGUCUCGGAAGAAUUGUACACUGGCAAGAGAUUUGGGCUUGACGACCAGCGGCGAGCCUUGGAUCGAGGCCAUGAACUAGUACGCACACUGAUUGCUGGAAUGCCUAGUAUCCGCCCAGUUAUCCUUUUUGAGAAGUGCUACCCAUCAACCGUUCUGUCUAAACAUAACCCAGGAGCAAUGGCAGGUGGUGACGAUGUUUGGAACGGUGGCCGACAAUGGGAUGGCCUGAGGUGCAUUGCUCACAGGCGUGGUAUGACUUUGACUUAUUCACGUGGGAUGAGUUCCUUUGAAUAGAUUGAUCUUGGUAUCAAUACCGACAUUGUAUGAGUGUGGUGGACAAAUCAAGGGUGGUAAAUACCGAAAGAGUCUUAUGACAAAAAAUGCAAAAACUACAAUAAAACUGCAUGUAAAAAAAGAACGCGCCCCCUAUUGUGUUGUACGUGAGGUUAGGCUUUGC